GUUCGAUACAUUCGAACCACACGUGAUGGGUUACGACACUUUUGGUUGGUGGAUCUCAUUUAGAGACCGUCCGGAUUGGCAAUGUGAAGAGGCCCGCCACAUUGGGAUAAGCCCCUGUCAUCACUGGAAGUUACAAUGGAUCUUGAGUGUGCGCAAUUUCAAGUUUCGGAAACGGCUGAAAUUAUAGAUCAGCUGACAAAACCCGAAACUGCAAUGACUGGAGGUCAGAGGUAUCCUGGUCGAUCCCUCUUUGGUACUACGUUGGAUAGCAAAGGUUUUUACAAAGGGUUAUCAGAAGAAGAACAAAAUGUUGCCGCUGUGCCAAGUGAUGCACAGCCAGGCCAUCAGUUGGAUCAGCACAGGUGCAAGACUGAAUCCGUAAACAUUCCCAAAUCUGGGAAUUGCCUUGAUUUUUCGAGAAUGACAAGCCCAAAGUCAGGAAGUGCCAGUGGUACCGAACAGGACGUCAGAGACUGCAGCUCUGAACCAAAGAGAUCUCUCAAAACAUCUCUCGAUGGAAGAAUCACUGGGAAACACAUUGACAGAGAGAGAUCCUCUGAGUGCAGCACGCCAAGUGCAGUGACCGAUGGCAUCCUGUCACCAUCGUCUGAGGCUCUGGGACAGCCCCCCAGUCAAGACGUCAAGUGUGUAGUUCCCCAAAAUAUUAAACAUAAGUUUAGAACCGAUGUUGUGGAUGAGCUGCUAACGGAUGACGAGGUUAAGGAGUUCUUGAGUAAGAAAGAGAUGCCAGCAAAGAGCUCGGAUUUAGAGGUUUCCUCAGUACAGUCACAGGAGCAACCCACUGAUGAAAUAACUUGGUAUGAAAAAAUAGGCUACCCUCUCCGAUGCAACAUCUUUCCAGGUUUCUCAGAUAAGUGGCAAAGCGAGGUACAAUCUACCUACACGAAGGAGGUGCAUCACCGUUUCAGGCGUAGCCCAGACCAGUGGCAUGGGAGAACGACGGAUUAUUUGGGUCACUGGGUUGAGAUGAAUAUUAUCCAUCAGAGAUUGAAGAAAGCGCUAGGGGAGCUCGAGAAACAUGCAGAGAAUUAGAAUCGCCAAGGACGUAAAACAAUCGAACACAAUCACACCUUGUUUGUCUGUUUUAUACAAUGUGAAAAUAAUUGUGUUUUUUUUUGCCUCAUUUCACCCUAAUUGAAAAUAAUUGGUCUUAACUGAGCAGAGCAGAUCUAUUAGACUGACCUUGAUUCCCGUUAAUCCAUUCCCGUAUCCACUGGACCACCAGGAGACAAAUGAAUCAUUCUUUGGUGUCUGUGAAGUCCCUGUUGUUGUCCCAACUCCUAAGACCUGAAGCUCUUUUCAUCUACUUUGGAAAGACAGAAUUCUAACUGGAUCUGUCCCAAGAUUUUCUGGAUCCAGAAAUGAAUGAGCCAUCAGUGUAAAAAGAGAUACGGGACUCAAUAUUGAAUAAAAGGUUGUUUUACCAA